GUGCGAAUGGUACUAGAGGUGUUGAGAAAAGAAAAGUUGUUUGCUAACCUUAAAAAGUGUUCCUUUUGCACAAAUUAGAUUGUUUUUUUAGGGUAUUGGCAUUGGUGCUGUUUUGAUGCAAGAGCGGCGACCUAUUGCAUUUUUCAGUGAAAAAUUGACUGGUGCAGCACUUAACUAUCCUACUUAUGACAAGGAGAUGUAUGCAUUGGUAAGAGCUUUAGAGACAUGGCAGCAUUAUCUUUGGUCUAAGGAGUUCGUGGUACAUGCUGAUCAUGGGUCAUUGAAGCACCUGAAGGGACAAGGUAAGUUGAAUAGACGAUAUGCUAAGUGGGUGGAAUUCCUUGAGACGUUUCCCUAUGUUAUCAAGUAUAAGCAAGGAAAACAAAACAUUGUGGCUGAUGCAUUAUCUCGUAGCUUCGAUUUGCUUGUUAUAUGCUGUCGUCUUGAUUCCCAUCAUUUACCUAUUGACGAACAAGCUAGUUUGGAUGGGAAAAAGAAAGCUGAAGCGGUUAAGCAACUGCAUGAGAGGGAGCGAUUCCCUGCACAAAGGCAUUCUAAGCUGCAACCAAGAGGCGAUGGACCAUUUCAAGUGAUUGUGAGGAUUAAUGACAAUGCAUACAAGUUGGAGCUUCCUGGUGACGAUUUGAAGACAAAUCCUUUUGAGGAGAGAGGGAAUGAUGGGAAUCAAGACGACAGCAUAUCUACUACGUCAUGUGAUCCAUUACACACCCAAGGAGUUCUAGUCACGCGAGCUAGAGCUAAGAAGAUGCGAGAAGCUUUAAAUUGCCUUAUUGAGAAGAUCUGGGUUGAUAACAACAUGCAAGAAGUAAAUCGAAGCUUGGAUGAUUAUCAAGGCAUGAUAAACGUCAUUCAGAAGGUGGAAUUGGUGUUUGAUUGCCGUAACUAUUCUGAGGAGAAAAAGGUGAAACUAGCAGCGGUGGAAUUUACUAAUCAUGUUGUGGUGUGGUGGGAUCAGCUUGUGCUUAGUCGAUGUAGAAAUCGAGAGCGUCCUGUUGACACUUGGGAAGAGAUGAAAGCUGUGAUGAGAAAACGAUUUGUUCCUAGUCACUACUACCGUGAUCUCUAUCGACGAUUGCAGGGCCUUACUCAAGGGUCCAAAAGCGUUGAGGAUUAUCACAAAGAGAUGGAAAUCGUAAUGGUUAGAGCGAAUGUGGAAGAGCACAGAGAAGCAACUAUGGCACGGUUUCUGCAUGGCUUAAAUUGUGAUAUAGGUAAUGUGGUGGAGCUGCAGCAUUAUGUGGAAUUGGAAGAUAUUGUGCAUAUGGCAAUGAAAGUAGAACGGCAACUCAAGCGUAAAGGAGCCACCACCAGAACUGGGCAAAAUUCAGGUUCCUCAACUUCUUGGAAACUGAAUUGGAGCAAAAAGGAAGAAAAUUCUGUUUUUAAGCCUAAAAUUGCAGCAUCUAAGUCAAAAGACGUUGGCAGCAGUGAGAAGAGUAAAACUGACAGUAUGCAAGGCAGAAACUGGGACAUUAAGUGUUUUCGAUGGUUGGGAAGAGGGCAUAUUGCAUCACAAUGCCCCAAUAAGCACACGAUGAUCUUGAAAGAGGGUGGAGAAAUUGAAACAGAGGGUGAAUCUGAUGAUGACUCUAUGCCACCAUUGGAAGAUGCUGAUGAUGGCAUGGAAUAUGCUGUUGAUGGAGAACUGCUUGUCACCAGGCGUGCUUUGAAUGACUUCAAGGAUGUGUUUCCAGAUGACGUUCCUAAUGGUUUACCACCAAUAAGAGGAAUCAAGCAUCAAAUUGGCUUCAUUCCUGGUGCAACAAUUCCAAACCGACCAGCAUAUCGAAGCAAUCCCAAUGAGACGAAAGAACUUCAAAGGCAGGUUGAAGAACUCAUGAAAAAGGGACAUGUGAGAGAAAGCAUGAGUCCAUUUGCAGUUCCAGUGCUACUUGUGCCUAAGAAGGAUGGGACUUGGCGUAUGUGCGUUGAUUGUCGUGUGGUCAACAAAAUCAAUGUAAAGUAUCGUCACCCUAUUCCUAGGUUAGAUGACAUGUUAGAUGAGUUGCAUGGUUCUUGCAUAUUCUCUAAAAUUGAUUUAAAGAGUGGAUAUCAUCAGAUUAGGAUGAAGGAAGGAGAUGAAUGGAAAACAGCCUUUAAAAUGAAACAUGCUGAUGGAAUUGCAGUAGAUGAAGAAAAGGUUAAGGCUAUUAAAGAAUGGCUGACACCUAAAAAUAUUUUUGAGGUGCGGAGUUUUCAUGGUUUGGCGAGUUUCUACCGGAGAUUCAUCAAGGAUUUCAGCACAAUUGCAACACCGUUAACUGAAAUUGUGAAAAAAAGUGUUGGAUUUAAGUGGGAAAGUGAACAGGAGAAUGCUUUCAAUUUAAUUAAGGAAAACUUAAUUUCUGCACCGUUACAUGCUUUACCUGAUUUUACUAAAACUUUUGAAAUUGAAUGUGAUGCAUCAGGUAUUGGCAUUUGUGCUGUUUUGAUGCAAGAGCGGCAACCUAUUGCAUUUUUCAGUGAAAAAUUGACUGGUGCAGCACUUAACUAUCCUACUUAUGACAACCAGAUGUAUGCAUUGGUAAGAGCUUUAGGGACAUGGCAGCAUUAUCUUUGGCCUAAGGAGUUUGUGAUACAUACUGAUCAUGAGUCGUUGAAGCACCUGAAGGGACAAGGUAAGUUGAAUAGACGACAUGCUAAGUGGGUGGAAUUCCUUGAGACGUUUCCUUAUGUGAUCAAGUGUAAGCAAGGAAAGGAAAACAUUGUGGCUGAUGCAUUAUCUCGUAGGUUCUCGAAGAUGGCACACUUCAUUCCAUGUCAUAAAACUGAUGAUGCAACCAAUAUUGUGGAUUUAUUCUUCAAGGACGUUGUUCGUUUACAUGGCAUUCCAAGGACUAUCGUUUCUGAUCGCGAUGUCAAGUUCUUGAGUUACUUUUGGAAGACAUUGUGGGGAAAGCUGGGAACUAAUCUACUGUUUUCGACUACUUGUCAUCCACAAAUUGAUGGACAAACAGAAGUGGUUAAUAGGACGUUGUCAACCUUAUUGCGUUAUAUAAUUCAGAAGAACUUGAAGAACUGGGAAGAGUGUUUGCCGCACAUUGAAUUUGCUUAUAAUCAGAGCGUCCAUUCAGCAACUAACUGUUUGCCAUUUGAAGUUGUGUAUGGUUUUAAUCCACUCACUCCUUUAGAUUUAUUGCAUUUACCUAUUGACGAACAAUCUAGUUUGGAUGGGAAAAAGAAAGCUGAAGCGGUUAAGCAACUACAUGAGAGGGAGCGAUUCCCUGCACAAAGGCGUUCUAAGCUGCAACCAAGAGGCGAAAGACCAUUUCAAGUGAUUGUGAGGAUUAAUGACAACGCAUACAAGUUGGAGCUUCCUGAUGAGUAUAAUGUUAGUGCUACUUUUAAUGUUUCUGAUCUUUCUCCUUUUGAUGUAGAGGGAGUCACGCAAGCUAGGAAGAUGCGAGAAGCUUUAAAUGGCCUUAUUGAGCAGAUCUGGGUUGGAAACAACAUACAACAAGCAAAUCGAAGCUUGGAUGAUUAUCAAGGCAUGAUAAACAUCAUUCAGGCUUGUAAUCCUAAUGGGGAGGAAGCUAUUGAAUCUGAGAUUUUGAGAGACUUUUCUCUUUGGGUGUGGCGUCAACCAACUUUAUACCUCUGGUUCUUGUUGCGUCAUAGACAACGGGUCAAGGUUUUCACCUUCGGCUCUUGUUGCAACAUAAACAAUGGGUCAAGGUCCUAUUAUAAACCUGAUUUAGCUUUCCUGGAGUUUAGAAAUCCCUUGUCGUGCUGUGGGUCUCAUUGUUCUCUUUGGGGUUCUCAUCAAAUGUUGUUUUGGGAACUACCACAAUAUGCAAAAGAUUUGAUAAUUAGUGUUGAAUUCGAGCAAACCUCUAACAUUUAUGACGAGAACCCCAAAGAGAACAAUGAGAUGGGAAUCAAGACGACAGCAUAUCUACCACAUCAUGUGAUUGCUCGCGUGACUGGACCUCCUUGGGUGUGUAAUGGAUCACAUGACGUGGUAGAUAUGCUGUUGUCUUGAUUCCCAUCAAUUUAUCACAUCUUUUAGCAUAUUCUUUAGCAUUUAUCUUCAUUGCUGGCCAAAAAUAUCCAUGGCAGAGGAUUUUAUAUGAUAAAGGGUUUACUGCUAUAUCAGUGGAAUAUUCCUCUUCAUGGCCUUCUUCAAGCACUAUCUUCAAUAAAGGCAAUCAUCAAUU